UUGAGCAUUGCAGCUUCCCAAGAUAAUUUUGAAUUUGAGUCUCAUUUAUGCUUUUAGUGAAACUCCUUCAGGCUGGCUUGUGCCCUUUUGGUAUGUCACCAUUAAUCUUUGAGAUUAUCCUUGCUUUCUGGUACAUAGUAGAUACCCCAGGAUUGCCUUGUACUUGGGCUGCCCCAAACUUGGAAGUCAAUAAUUUCUCCAAGUGGCCAAGGUUCCUUUUAGUGGGAAUGGUAUUUAGAAAUCCAGAUUUGGGCUCUACGGCUGCUCAUUGCUACUGGUGUCACUGUUUCCAGACUCUCUAAGUGGUGAAGCUAGAAUGUAGUAUAGAUAGGUAGGUGAUUGAUAGAUUGUUAGAUAGAAAUAUACCUAUACUUCUAAAUCAAAGUUAACAUUAUAGGGAUUUUUCUUAUUUAUUUCUUUAGUCUUCUCUUACACUGAAUUUCUGGGUCCAUAAUAACAGUAACAUAUUUACUUCUUUGUUUUAUCCACCAAUGUUUUUUCAGAUGUCGAAUUUACAAUUCCAAAUUCUAGUACUCAUAUGUGACUUUCUUUUCAGAAACUAUAAAACUUGUCAGUAAAAUUUGAUAUUUUUUUGCAUCCUUUUUAUCGUUAGACUAUAUCCUACUAACUGGGUACAGAGUACUAUUUUCAGUAGCCAUCAUGACAGAAUUCUUUUCAUUUGUGAUUAUGACUUCAGUUUUUGCUGUUAAGGCCUUCAACUGAUUGGAUGAGGUCCACCCACAUUGUUGAGGACAAUCUUCAUUAUUUAAAUUCAACUGAUUAUAAAUAUCAAUCACAUCUAGAAAAUAUCUUCACAGCAACAUCUCUGCCAGUGCUUGACCAAACAACUGGCACCAUAGCCGAAUCAAGUUCACUUAUAAAAAUAACCAUCACAUACAGCAACUCUAUGUUUAACCUUCUGAGGAACUGUCAGGCUAUUUUCCAAAGCAGCGGCACCCUUUACAGUCCCACCAGCAGUGAAGAGGAACACCAGGCUCGGGUAGAAGAGGCAAUCGCCCGCAUGCUUGUGUGCGCCCUGAAAACUGCGGAGGACCCACACAGUACCAGGGCUUGGUUAAACCCAACGGAGGUUGAGGAAACGUCCCAUGAAGUCAAUUGUCGCUACUUAAAUAGAGCUGUUUCUGCCUUUUUUGAUCAUUGCAGAACAUCUGAGACAGUAGAAAUCCAAACACUCAGAACAAACGGAGAGCACAUGAAAAAGGAAGAAUUCAACAUGCACAACAACCUCAUGGAGGUAGAUCAAACAGGUAGCCAGAAGUUAACCUUGGGAACAGUAGGAGAGCAGGCAGCAUGUCCCUUUGGCCCUGAUCUGGUUCCCGUGCUACCGAGUUCAGAAGAUCCACCCUCAGAAACAGGAGGCAUGUUUAAAAAUGAUCGUAAAGACUUUGUUGGCAAAGCUGGAGAGCACUUUGACAAAUUGCACUGUACAAAGAAGCAACGAAUGAUGAGUGGACGUGAGAAUAAAAUUGUGGAACAGGUUGCUUCAAAUAGUACUAUGGCUCCUUCCCAAACUUUCAUUUCUACAGAUGACUUACUGGACUGCUUGGUGAAUCCACAAGUAACCAAGAUAGUGGCAUAACUUUUGAUACAAGGAAGAAGUUUGUGAUUGUAAUAGAAAAUGACUUUUUAAAUAUUUCAAACAUUUUUAAAAUAGUGUGAUUUUUAAAUAAAAGAUGAAACAAUGAAAAGCAGUUUGCACAGGCUUGUACAUGUACUUGUUCUUACCUAGUUAAAUUUCAACCUCUUGCCACCUUCUUGCAUGUACAUUGCUCUUUGCCCAAACUGGCUCUUUGUUAUUUGUGAGGCCUUCUUUCUGAGCCUUUUUCUUUCCUCUCCCUUCCCAUCUCCUCAGCCUAUUUCAAACGUAAGCCCCAAGUGUUCUCAACAGGAAAUAAUCUCUCUAUCAGCCUUAAGCAGGGGUCAGCCUGCUGCUUGUUUUUGUGAUAAAGUUUUAUUGGACCACA